AUCCCACAAAUAAUACCAAUUAAUUGAAUUAUAUCACUUUUUUUUUUUAUUAUUAUUUUUAUUAUAUUCAAUAUUAUUAAUUAUUAUAUUUUUUCAUCUAAUAUUUCCUUUAAUAAAAAUAAAAAAAAUUUUUUAAAAAAUAAUUAUUUUCAUUGAAAAUGAUAA